UUUUUACAGUUAAUAUUUUUGAGGUGAAACUUCCUUACGCGCGCUGGGGUAAAAAUUCAAGGCCGUGACACACGAACUGGCGGGACGAAAAGUGGUAACGACGCGCGCUGGGAGUAAAACUUCAAGGACGUGACACACGAACUGGCGGGACGAAAAGUGGUAACGACGCGCGCUGGGGGUAAAACGUCAAGGACAUGACACACGAGCUGGCGGGACGAAAGUGGUAACGACGCGCCUGGGAGUAAAACUUCAAGGACGUGACACACGAGCUGGCGGGACGAAAAGUGGUAACGACGCGCGCUGGGCGUAAAACUUCAAGGACAAACUACAUUUUUUCAAACGUCUUUCAAAUUCUUCAAUUUAAUAACUGUUAGUACUUCAGCACUUAGCACUUCAAAUAUAGGCACAUAGUGCACACACUUUUUUUAUUUGAUUGUAUAUGACUAUAUAACUCUUGCAUUUAAGUAAAAAAAGUUUAAUAUAUGUUACUAAUAGUUUUCAGAAUAGAAAGAAUCUUUUUAAAUUGAUAGGAGUUGUAAAAUGUAUGCUGAGAUCUGUCCAAAUGCAUCAGGUGGAACUAAAUGGAUCUCUUCCAAAUUAGCCGCUUCAUUGAUCUGAACCAUCUGGUGUUGCUGAUAACUUUAAAUUGAACUCUAAGAAGACCGAUUUCGAAGGGUUUUCGUGCUAGUACGAUAUGGGCAAGGCAGAGGACCGCAUCAGAACGAUUUUUUCGAAAUACGAACAUUCCGAUAUAUCAGUUUCUGAACUAAGCAAGUUGGAUAUUCUACCUAAAAUCGGAAAAACUAGAAAGUUACCUUUAAAGUGGAUUAUAUGCGUUCUGACUGUGGUGUCUCUCUACGUGGUCGUUAAAAACGUUAAUAUUUUUGACGAUUCUAAGUGUCUGGUCCCAAUGCCACAAGAUGUAACUAAGUUAUUUCGCGAUCCAGAAUACUGCGACCUAUGCGAAGAUGUUCUUCAAGUAGACAAAGUUGCAAACGUUUCCCCAACACUAUUCCUGGAAAAAUACAUCAAACCAAUGCGUCCCGUUAUUGUAACAGAUGGUGCCCUUAAUUGGCCUGCCAGAAGAGUUUUCAGUUUCGAUUUUUUCAAGAAUCUCUUUUCAAAAAUCGAAAUAAACCGCAGCCAAGAUACUGGCUGCCAGUUUUUCCCCUACCAGACGGAAUUUGGUUCUUUGCAAGAUGUUUUUAACAUGAACGACAAUAGGGCCAUGUUGAAACCCGGAGAAAAGCCUUGGUACGUCGGUUGGAACAACUGUAAUGACGAGGCGGGGAAGUACUUGAAAGAGUUUUACCAGAAACCUUAUUUCUUGUCUAAUAUGACGGAAAAUAUUGCUUUAAGUUGGAUUUUUAUGGGUGGACCUGGAUACGGUGCUCAUAUGCACGUCGAUAAUGUCCACUAUCCUUCCUGGCAAGCCCAGCUGAGUGGAAAGAAGUUGUGGAAGUUGGCUCCGCCGCCAGAAUGUUAUUACAAAUGCAAAGAUCUGGAAGUUACUGUAGCAGCUGGUGAAAUAAUUGUUCUAGACACAAAUCGUUGGUAUCAUCAAACAACUGUUUUACCUGGGUCUAUAAGUAUUACCAUCGGUUCAGAGUUUGAUUAAAAUUAUGUUUAAUUAUAGGAUGGUUGGUAUUUGUAAUAAAAU